UGGGAAAAGCAACAGAGGAAAGCUCGAACCCUUUCUGAGGGAAAUAAAAAAAAGCAUGGAAAAAGCGAGCUGUUGCGAAAAAUUAUUCGCCAUUCGUCAACGGGCCACUGAGCCAUCUGGGCUGAUAAGCUGCUAAUCGUGAAGUGUGAUUAAGGAACGAGCUAGUACCGGUUGCCUCAAGUAUUCAAUAAAAGUGUAAAAAUGGAUGUUAUUCAGUUUAAACUGCCAGGAAAUUUCAAACCAAAAUCGAAAGUUUACCGGGGACGAAAGAAAAGCCGUGUGUGGGGUACACCGGAAACUCUGUUCACACUGUGCGAAAUCGUGCUCCGGAAGUUGCUGCUGCCGGUCGCUCCGCGGCGGAAAUUCUGGUCCACCGUCAUUUCUCUCCUGCCAAACGAGACUGCCCGCUGUGCUGUUUGGCACCAGGUUUUUUGUCCAGAGGAUUUCAACCAACAUCUACGCUCAACUGUGAACUACGCUAACCACUGGGCGCUGCUUUCGUCGGAACGAUCUCCGACGGGCACAAACAUCCGUGUCGGUUCACUAGUUCGGAACAAAAUCACCCAACUGCUGCUGGAUUUGGACUACUGCAGUAGCAGCGGCAGCGAGUGUCUAUUGCCCCUGGGUGGUGACCAGAUGGCACAUUUUGGCACGGCAUCACGGGAACCGUACAAAACUAGUGAAAUUUUACCAACCGAACUGAGCCCGCAGGCUUCGACGUGUCGUUGCUACCGCUGCUACCGUUGUAUCACUGAGCAAUAUGGAUACCGCCGCUCGCUGAUGGCCAGACAACGAGUAGCGACCCCACAAUUAAUAGUCCUGGGACGGGGACAAAUGACGACCCCACGCAGCAGCUGUCCGGUGCAAAUUAAUGAUGUCAUUUCCUGUGGCCGUUGCCGGGCAAAGCUGUAAUCGCACUUACCUGCACUA